AUGUUACCAAACAAGAGAAAAUCUGAUAUUGCUGAGAUAAAAACUAAGGUCCUGAAUGCUCUCGAUGAGAAGGAAAGUGAAAUAAAUCAAACGAUAUCUGAGCUAGAAGAGAACAUUACUAACCUUAAGGAAAUACUGGACUACGAUGACGUAUCCCUGCUAUCCACAUACAUAUCCAGGAAUGCUGAAUUUAGACGUUUACCUCCUAAAGUCAAUGUCUCUUUACCAAGUUUCUCUCCUCAUCAGAACAACACAGAACAUCUCCAUCAAAUGUUUGGUUCUCUAUCAGCAUUAUCCGUUACAACAGAGGAACAUGGUUACACAAUGAAGACACACAAAGCUGUAUCCUUUACUCCAGUCAAACCACUGCUUGAUAAACCAGAGGUCAUCACCACCAUACACACUGAGUUUGGACUACUAAACAGUGUUACAUGUCUCAGUGAUGAAGAAAUCUGGACAUGUGGUAAUAACAAAAUCAUGAAACUCUACAACCUCCAGGGCAAACUACUGAAGUCAAUCCAAACCAAGUCAGGGGACAGUCCAUGGAACAUAGCAGUGACAAGGAGUGGAGAUCUAAUUUACACUGACCCUGUUACAAGAACUGUUAACAUAGUGAAGAAUGACCAGAUACAGGAAGUGAUCACACUCCAGGGGUGGACAUCGCACUGUGUCUGUUGUGCUUCCUCUGGUGACCUGGAUAUCAUUAAAUACAUCAGUGAGAACAGGAACUUGGAUAUCUGUGUGGCUGACAAUGGAACCAAAGCAGUAGUGGUGGUUAAUCAGGAAGGAAAACUUCGAUUUAGAUACACUGGUCAUCCCUCUACUACCAAGAAAUCAUUUCAUCCACGCGGCAUCACAACAGACAGACAGAGUCAGAUCCUGACAGUAGAUCGUAACUACAACUGUAUCCACAUCCUAGAUCAGGACGGACAGUUCCUCUGUUACAUUGAUAACUGUGAUCUAAAUUAUCCAAGUAGUAUAUGUGUGGACACCAGAGACAACCUCUUUGUGGCUGAGUUAUACAGUGGUAAAAUAAAGAAAAUCGUAAAUAACUUGAUCCGAAGGGUCGUAUCACGUCGAGCUGACAGUCGCGGAUCAUCAGAUCAAACGAUACGCGAAGUGUCUCGUUUGAUCUGA